AUGGAUGGUUUCAACUGGACGUCGAUAUCUGAGAACGUCACAAGGACCUCCUCCAAGCUCUACCACAACAACACCAAUAACAAUUCUUCAGAGGCACAUGCGCCAAUGCCCUUCGGCGUGGUCACCGCUGUCAUCUACACCAUCGUCUUCGUCGUGGGUUUUCUGGGUAACACGCUGGUCAUCUAUGUGGUGGUCCGCUACGCCAAGAUGAAAACUGUAACGAACAUAUACAUCCUCAAUUUAGCCUUAGCGGACGAACUCUACAUCUUGGGAAUUCCCUUCCUUGGCACUAAUAGUUCACUUUCCUAUUGGCCAUACGGGGAUUUCUUCUGCAAGGUGUGCAUGACUGCGGACGCCAUGAGCCAGUUUAGCUCCACCUUUUGCCUAACAGUAAUGAGCAUUGAUCGCUACCUGGCCGUGGUUUAUCCUCUCCGCAGCUCCAAAUGGCGGAAGCCACAGGUGGCCAAGGUAUUUAAUGGCAUGGUGUGGGUUGUGUCCUUCCUCAUCGUGCUGCCAGUCACUAUUUACUCGCGUGUACAAGAGAAUUUUGACACCUGCAAUGUGACCUGGCCUGAUCCAAGUGAUUUGUGGUCCAUUGUCUUCAUCCUCUACACAUCCACCCUGGGCUUCUUUGGUCCGCUCCUUGUCAUCAGCCUCUGCUACCUGAUCAUUGUCAUCAAGGUGAGGUCUGCAGGUGUGCGUGCAGGCCUGACUAAGCGGCGGAAGUCGGAGCGCAAGGUGACGCGUAUGGUGGUGGUCAUCGUGUUGGUGUUUGUUCUUUGCUGGUUGCCCUUCUUUACUGCCAAUCUUGUCAACCUGGUUUAUAUCAUCCCUGAGACCAAUUCCUACGCCACAGUCUACUUCUUCCUGGUCAUCCUCACCUAUGUCAACUCCUGCGCCAAUCCAAUCCUCUACGGCUUCCUCUCCGACAACUUCAAGCAGAGCUUCCAGAAAGUGCUCUGCUUCUACAAACCCAAUAACGUCAGCACCACGGACCAGAUGAGAGGCAGACAGACCGCAACCAAGUCUGUCCAGAUGGAGGUCGUUAACAGCCUUGACACGGAGCCUUUCACCUCAAAACCCGUAGUGAAUGGUCAGUGA